GCCAACAAUAGGUGUCCUAUAGUCCCAUAGACUUACAUUGGCCUACUCCCAGCUGAAAGUUCAAUAUUCUUCGUCCUUAUCAUUGGGAAAUUAAGAAAAAUCAAUGUGGAUAUACAUCGUACUCAAGAAGAGAGCGUGACCACACUACUGAGUGCCACGAGUGCCAUUAUUUAUCAUUUGUUGUCUCCACCGGCGCCAGUGAUAUAUGUUAUCCCGCGGCUCCCAAAAUCUCGGCUCUAAGAUAAAAAAUGGUCACAUUAGAGGAGAGAGUACGCUGCGAGAGAUUGGCCGCGGGGACCGAGAAGCCCCGUUCACCACCCCCGCAGCGUCCGCCUUCGCAGGGCUUUGCGUCGGGGCACUUAGAACCUUGGGAUUUCCAGGUCAUUGUCUUGCCUUUGUUCUCCGCAGAGAGGAUGACUUGCCUCUCGCAGCGCCUCGGUGGGUACGACCCUGAACUUGGUUGGCAUCGCAGCGGGACGGACACUUGUGCCGCGCGGUAGGAGCUAGCUAGCUAGGCUUUACGUAGAGCGUCGGGGUGCAAGUCAAUGUUUAAUGUUUGCUAACGCCUUAGGUGCCGCAAGACGCCCACGGGCACAGUGCGGCGGUCAACGUCCUACCGCCGAUACAUUCCACUCUUAUAAAAGGCUGCGGCUUACACACCUUCCGCCAUUUUGAGGAAGAAAGUUAGGCAAGAUGCACUGGUUCGAGGUGGCAGUCGUGGCGGCGGUGGCGACGACGGUGGUGCAGCCCGAGCCUCACCACUACCACCACCACCACCGCCCGGGCAUUGGCGCCCUGGCCUUUGUCGGGGGGUACCUGGCUGGCAGACGUAGCCACCACCACCACCACCACGGCGGCUGCGUCGGCUGCGGCUGCGGCGGGUGCGGCGGGUCCUGCGGCUGGUGCGGCGGCGGCUACUACGGCAGGCGGCGCCGCAGGAGUCUUGAGGAUUUCCUAGGAGAUGAGAGUAUUAUGGAGGCUUACGAAAAGAUCUCGUCCGAGGACAAGGACCAGUGUGGGCUGCGGCUGGUGUGCGAGCUGGCACAGAGCGACCCACGUGACCUGGCCAAGGACGAGGUGCAGAUCCUCUUGCCGUACAGGGGCGCCGGGGAGAGUGACGGCAGCGUGUACGGCCAGUACGACGAGGCGGCGUGGCACGGGCAGAAGGGCCACGCGUGCCUCGAACACUACCCGCUGUGUGCCUUCACCGCCCAGCAGAUCAUGGACGAGUACAGGAAGUAUUCGCAAGAACGAGACGACGACGGUGACACGGAAGAGAGCAGAGUCUAACCUUUGUGUUAGACAAAUGCCAAUCAUUGGCGUACUAUUGGGAAGAGGGGGAGGGUGGGGGGGGUCGGCGGUUCGCCCAAGGUGACAGCUAUAGUUGGGUGAAGCACAGCCUUAGCAUAUUAAAUUUCUUAAUUACAAUAUUGUAAAGUCCUUAAGAAUAUGCAUCAAAAUGAGGCUGAAUGUAAAUGGUGCUGUGUUACUAAAUUUUCAUCAAACAAAAUAAAUUAGAAUUCGUAUAUGACAUUGAUUGAGGGACAAACCGCAAACUGAUUCGUGCCGACUUUUCAAACACCAGUCCUGUAAGUAUACUGUAACAAAAAUAUUGUAAAUUUUCAUAUGUGGGUGUGGGUCUGGUGUGUGAGUGUGUGUGUGUGUGUGUG